AAAAAAAGGCAGCCCCUCAGCGGGCGAGGGGGCGGGGGCGGCGCCGAGGGCGCGCGCGCGUCACGUGACCGGGACGCGCCGUUCUUCCGUCGGCCAUUUUAGGUGGUCCGCGGCGGCGCCAUUAAAGCGAGGAGGAGGCGAGCGCGGCCGCCGCUGCUGCUGCUUUUUUCUCCCUGAGCGUCGCGGGCGAGAGCGGGAGUGCGCGCCGCGCGGGAGUGGGAGGCGAGGGGGGCAGGCCCGGGAGCGGCGCAGGAGCCUGUGGUGCAGCCGCGCGCGCCUUCCCUUUGCGUGCGGGGUGCUUGGCGCGGUCGAGCGGGGCGCGCGGCGCGGCGCGGCGGCGGCGGCGGGGAUUACUUGGCGGCGAGUUUUCGGUUCGCGGCGGCGGCGGGGGGUCGUCUCGGCGGCGGCGGCGGCGAGCACCAUGUCGGAGGAGCAGUUCGGCGGGGACGGGGCGGCGGCGGCGGCGGUAGGCGGCUCGGCGGGCGAGCAGGAGGGAGCCAUGGUGGCGGCGGCGCCGGGGGCAGCGGCGGCGGCGGCGGCGGCGGCGGGAAGCGGCGCCGGGACCGGGGGCGGCUCCGCGGCCGGAGGCCCCGAAGGGGGCAGCGCCGAGUCGGAGGGGGCGAAGAUCGAUGCCAGUAAGAACGAGGAGGAUGAAGGCCAUUCAAACUCCUCCCCACGACACUCUGAAGCAGCGACGGCACAGCGGGAAGAAUGGAAAAUGUUUAUAGGCGGCCUUAGCUGGGACACUACAAAGAAAGAUCUGAAGGACUACUUUUCCAAAUUUGGCGAAGUUGUAGACUGCACUCUGAAGUUAGAUCCUAUCACAGGGCGAUCGAGGGGGUUUGGCUUUGUGCUAUUUAAAGAGUCGGAGAGUGUAGAUAAGGUCAUGGAUCAAAAAGAACACAAAUUGAAUGGGAAGGUGAUUGAUCCUAAAAGGGCCAAAGCCAUGAAAACAAAAGAACCUGUUAAAAAAAUAUUUGUUGGUGGCCUUUCUCCAGAUACACCUGAAGAGAAAAUAAGGGAGUACUUUGGUGGUUUUGGUGAGGUGGAAUCCAUAGAACUCCCCAUGGACAACAAGACCAAUAAGAGGCGUGGAUUCUGCUUUAUAACCUUUAAGGAAGAGGAACCAGUGAAGAAGAUCAUGGAAAAGAAAUACCACAAUGUUGGUCUAAGUAAAUGUGAGAUCAAAGUGGCCAUGUCCAAGGAGCAGUAUCAGCAGCAGCAGCAGUGGGGGUCUAGAGGAGGGUUUGCAGGAAGAGCUCGCGGAAGAGGUGGUGGCCCCAGUCAAAACUGGAACCAGGGAUAUAGUAACUAUUGGAAUCAAGGCUAUGGCAACUAUGGAUAUAACAGCCAAGGUUACGGUGGUUAUGGAGGAUAUGACUACACUGGUUACAACAACUACUAUGGAUAUGGUGAUUAUAGCAACCAGCAGAGUGGUUAUGGGAAAGUAUCCAGGCGAGGUGGUCAUCAAAAUAGCUACAAACCAUACUAAAUUAUUCCAUUUGCAACUUAUCCCCAACAGGUGGUGAAGCAGUAUUUUCCAAUUUGAAGAUUCAUUUGAUGGUGGCUCCUGCCACCUGCUAAUAGCAGUUCAAACUAAAUUUUUUGUAUCAAGUCCCCGAAUGGAAGUAUGACGUUGGGUCCCUCUGAAGUUUAAUUCUGAGUUCUCAUUAAAAGAAAUUUGCUUUCAUUGUUUUAUUUCUUAAUUGCUAUGCUUCAGAAUCAAUUUGUGUUUUAUGCCCUCCCCCCCCAGUAUUGUAGAGCAAGUCUUGUGUUACAAGCCCAGUGUGACAGUGUCAUGAUGUAGUAGUGUCUUACUGGUUUUUUAAUAAAUCCUUUUGUAUAAAAAUG